CGUGAUGUUGGCCGGAACGGCACCACGGAAAAUAGAAACAAGCCGAACAGUCUUAACAAUCAGUCCCGAGACGACAACACCAGUCCAGUAACAAGUGUGGCCUGGAGGCAGUACUUAUUUAGCCGCUGAAACAACAAGUACCUAACCGAACCGAGCUAAGCAGAACUUUCUUUUUUUUCCGUUCGCCGUUUGCCGUGUGGCCCGCUUACAUACGGCUGUGCGUGUGUUCCGUGUGUGUGUACUGGGUGUGCGUGUGUGUUGUGUAGAUGCAAAUCAAAGCGCAGCACACCUGAAAAGUAUGCUUUAAAUGUUAACUAUCGCGAGCCCCGUUGAAGUUGUGUAUUCGAGACUCGUUACUCGUAGCUCGUAACUCGUGCCCCGCGCAACCUGUAACUCUGGAAAGUUUUUAUUUGAUCGUCCGGUACAUUUACAUAAGUGAACUUUGGCAUGCGCCAGGAUGUGAAGCCAGCAACGCCACUGACGACGACGACGACGACGAAUGCGACUACGUUUGCACUGAAUAAUUAAUGCAAUCAGGCAAUUUGAACCUGUUUUAUUCUGAAGUUCUGGGUGUGAGCUUGGGUUAGCAUGGUUUCAAAGCAUCUAAGUAUAAUAAGCGCCUUUUAAGACUCGAAAGUAAUGCCAAACCAAAUCCAACUAAACCAAAACCAAAACCAGAAACGGGACCAGGAACAGGGAAAUAAGGAACGAAGGAAGGAAGGAAGAAAAACUUUAUUUUUCGAUACUAUACUACAUACUAUAUACUACGCCACUAUACAGAAGAUACCUAUAUCUAUCUAGCGCUAACUGACCACACAUAUUCCAAUCAUAAAUUAACGUGAUAAAAAUUCUUAGCUGCUGAAAGCCCAUUUCAAUUUUCGCACAGCCCCCACACCACAGAGGGGCAAGGGGUAUACACGAGAGAACGGAGAGCGAAACCGAGAGGAGAGGGAGAGGGAGAGAGAGAAAACUGUCUGCAGACCAAGCAACAAAUUACUAAUAAUUUUCACAUUUAAACGACAACAAAGCAGACAAACAAACGACAAAACAUACAUAUGCUGAAAAUCGAGGCAACCCAUACAAACAGACACGUAUAUGUAGAUUCCCGUACGGGUGCUUGCUGGUGUGAGCAGACAGUUUGGCAAAACAUAUUUCGAUUCAAAAUAUAAACCAAAUUGGACUGGACAGUGCUUCGACACGAAAACUAAACAGCCUGCCAAGUGUCCCGCUGUCGAAAUUCACACGGUGAAGGCAGCAGAGAUAAGAGCCUCGAAGGGGGAAUAAGUGCCCCAACAGGUUGUUGGUGGCAGACAGCGCUCCAGCGGAUCCAUUACCAUUGAAAGAUGCGAUCCAAGAAAAGCGCAAAGAAAAACACUUGCAAAAAUUAGCAGCAGCGCCGGCUGUGGCUGUGGCAGCGGCAUCGGCAGCGGCAUCGACAUCGGCAGUAGCAGCAGCAGCUGGCUGACGGACACCGGCAGCGGUCGGGAGGAGGCCGUGCAUCUAUAAAUAGGGAUCGAACACUUUGUGCGCGUGACAGCUGUGAAAGCGGCAGGGUGGCAGUGGCAGCCGCAGCGAUGGCAACUAUGACGUCAUUGGCUGGAUAAGUGAUUGCGUUCGGUUCGGCAACGUCACGGAUGCGGUAUAAACUGGUCCGGCCAGGCCAAUAAACCACAUAUCGCGUAUACCCCGUGUGGACCUGGUAUAAUGAGAGCGCCAGACAAACGGGAGGAAAAUGAACGGCAAGCAACAGCAACAGCAACAGCAACAGAGUCAUCCAAAGCAGCAACGGCAGCAAUAGCAGCAUGCAAAGAGGCAGCAGCAUCGAUAACAUUAGCAUCAGCAGCUGAGCAGCCAUGAGAAUCGCGAGAAAGCACAGCAAGAAGAAGGAGAGCCGUGGCGAAAAAGACAAAAGUUGCGAAAAUAUUUCGGUGCUCACAGCUGCUUUAGAAUCAGUCUAAAUUCGUCGUCGAUCGGCAGCAACGAGUGUUGUGGUUCCACAAGUCCACAAAAGCGCGCGCGCUUGUAUCUGUGUGUGUGUGUGUUUGUGCGUGUGUGUGUGUAUGAACAGAGGAAACGGAAGUGAAGUCGAACCGAAAGUGGGAUUGAAAGUAGCAGCAGCUGAAACGACUCAAACGAGCAUUCUCGAGCAACGACACUAAGCCCCAGCUGAAAAAUAAAUCACCAAUUGAAUGUAAACCAAAAGCCUGCAAAGAAUUGUGCGUUGAGCGUAAGCUUUGAGCAAACAAACGAAAAUCGACCUUACUUGUGCUUCAAUUAAAUUCUUAAACAGAACAGAACCCAGAAAUGCCGACCAAAGGACAACAAACCCCUUCCAUUGUGAUGUCUUAGCCAUAGCGAUAACGAAUCCAGUCCUCAAGCAUCGGCAGCAUGCAGCGAUCCAAAUGACAGCGCGACCCGUGAAAUUAAACUAAUUUGAACUCUCUUUGUGAUAGCCCCACGCUGUGGAAAGUACGUUUACCUAGCCUCUAGUUAGAUACUAUUCUAUAUAUGAUUUUUUUGGUGACUCUCCUUACUGAGAAAACCCACGUAAAGACAGAAUAACUGAAGAAACCCCCACAAAAGACAGGACAGCCCGUAACGUAACCAAAACCCAACUAAAUCCGGAACGAACUAUUCCGAAUACAGUACGUGUAAUGUUUUCUGUACCGAUCCCAAUACGAUCCGAGAACUAGCUGAGAUAUACUUAGCGCAGUGUCACCAUGUCACAUGGGGGCCGUAAGGAAUGUACGUAAUAUAUCCCGCCGAUGAGCUCAUCUUGAUGACAUAUGGUUUCUUUGCGCCACGUGUGAAACCGCGACCCUCACUCGACUGCCUCCGAGAGCCGCUCGUCCCCAUCGAGUACCCAGAGAGAGGCGCCACUACGACCAUAGCCGCAGCCGCAGCCGCAACCAAAACCAAAGCCAAAAACUCAACCGCUGCCACAACCAGCAGCAGAGCCACCGCCUUCACUCCCACUCCGUUUCCGUUCGAAGAUCCGCCUGCCAGUCCAUCCAUAGGCAUCAACCAAUAUCCGCAGCCACUGUUACCGGCGCCAGCACCAGCACUAGCACCGGUCGCACCUGGACACACCAGCUUUUUCAGCUUUGAGGAGCAAUCAGCCCUGGUCCAGAGUCCACCGCAGUCCCAGAGCCUGCCGCCCACGCCCACACGUCGAGCAUCGCGCUCCUCGCUGACCCACUCGAACCACAGCCACAGCUCCGCCAAGCGGGCCAGCGUGAGGAGCGGACGCCUGCCGCCUGCGUCCAUGUAUAAUGAUGCCAGCCAGAUGCAGGGGAACAGCGCCACUGGACCAGGACGAGCACCAUUCCAGCGCAGCAGCGCAGCUUAUGACGACGAGGCGGGAGCCCUUGGCGGUGGCCUAGACUAUGGCGCUGGUCAGUUGGUCAGUCGGUCGCGGAGCCCCAGCAUCUUCUUGGAACCACCCACACCCUCGCCAGAUCCCACACAUGCCCACUUCGGACCCGGCUGGGGCCGGCCCAUGUCGCCCAUGGAUCUUCCGCCCGAGAAGUCGCCAAGCAGCGGGGUGGGACCAGGCGUCAGUGCCGGUAGGUCUCCAACGAGCAAGUCCCGGCUGCGACCCAAGCUCCACCUGCCUCUGGGGCGGCUGGGCCGCUCCACAUCCUCGGACACGCGGGAGAGCAACCGAUUACGUGAGGACGUUCACGUGCAUGUGGAGAACCCGGUGUUCAGCAGCGAGAACCUGCGCCAGAACAACUUCGAUGCAUUCUUUGAGGCCCGCGAGCCCGUCAUUAAGCUCCAGCCGCGCACCCCCAACUCCGCACCAGCGGAGGGGGGCCGUGGCUACUCGCCGCCACUGGAGGGCCGCGCGGGUGUCUACGACUCGCCCCGGACGAGGAGUCCCGCUGGAAAGGCGGGGGGUGGCGGUGGCCUCUUUGCCCGUUCCCCGCGUGAGGAUCGCGAUCGCAUGGCCAACGCUCGUACUCGCAGUGCGGAUCAGUACGAUGGGGCAAGAGCAGGGGGAGCGGGACCAGGAUCGGGUGCGGCUGCGGGUGCGGGUGCUGGUGCGGGCGCUGUGGAAAGGGGAUCCAACUCUGCAGGCGGUGGCGGCGGUGGUUCGGCCGGAGCGCACUCCAAAGAUUCUUCGGUAAAAUCUUCAAGUGGUCGAAGAAAUCGUAAGUUCUUCGGGUGGAGGGGGCCACGAGGUGGUUCCCUUAGCCCCCGGGCCGGCGGCAGCAUGGCGUCUUACAGCGGCGUGCUCAAGGACUACAGCCACAGCAGCUUGAACGAGGCUUUCAAGUCCCAGAAUAGUGUCAACUUUAAGUUAAUUAAAACAGUAUCCGAUUUCACCGAAACGCUUUCCCAACUGUAUGAGGAACACGCAACUGCCCUACAAACUUUAGUGUCCAAUUAUCGCAAAAAGAAUGUUGAGCUGCGCAAAGAAAGACCCGCCUGCCACUUGGCCAUAUUUCAGGCAUGGGAAUCAUUCCUGCAGGAGGCCGAGACCGAUUCGCAGGCCUGCAACGAUGUGGCCAGUGUCCUCUCCCGACAGGUGUCGCGACCAAUGUUGGACAAGUCCUUUCAUCGCAAAGUUCAAAGCCGUAAAAUAUUUACACACAGGGAGUCUUUUGAGACUAUUAUCGCAAAGACUGAAGAGAAGCUGUCAAAGUGCCGGAUGGACUACAAGCAGUGCCACAUGGCCCAUCGACAGAACCCCAGCCAGCACUCGCUCACCGAAUACAUCGACGCACACAAUGCGUACGUGCAGCAGCUGCAUGCCACGAAUGGAAUGCUUGAGGCCUACCACUGCGACACUCUGCCACACCUGAUGCAGGAGCUGGAGGAGAUACACAAUGACUUGUCCGGCAUUGUUUCCGAUUCACUGUUUCAGGGAGCCGAUGUAAUUGCCAGCAAGGCUAGCGACCAGGCCAAGCGCUACAUCAGCCUGACCAACCAGUGCAGUGCGGUCUCGCCGCCACAGGAUCUGGCCAACUUUGUGCGCCUCCUGGCCCAGCCAUCGCAGGCCCAGAAGGUUCCUCGGCGGCCCUUUGCUCCACCCCAAGGCGAGCCAGGCGAGGAGAUGGGUGACCAUAAUGAGAUGACCCCCAACUUGAGGAACGAGCUCGUCUUUGACCGCCACUCCACGCUGUCGCAGCGCUCGGCCCUGGAGUCACUGAAGCGUGAGGCCAUAGAAUUGGAAUUGCAGAUACGUCAGCUGCAGGACGCCAUCGAUGCACUGAAUCGGACACAGACGCGUGGCAUUGAGGGGCAGCUGUACAACAAGGUCAACGAGCUGCAGGAGGAUUUAUCCAUGAAGAAGUUUGACUUGCGCGCCAAGCAAAUCCAUUUGGCGGCCAUACGGGCUCAGAAGGAGCUGUUCGUGAGCAAAGUUGAGCCUACGUCGCCGCGCAACGAACGCAAAUUCUCCGCUGCCACAGCGCCAUCGAUGAAAACAAAGUGGCUGAAAGCAUUUAAGAGCCUAAAGCCUGCUGGUUCUGGUUCAGCACAACAAGCAGACAGCCAACCACCCCGACAAAAUCAAAUGUACCACGCUGUAUCAACCGUUUUGACUUUGAGGCGUAAUGGUGCCUCCAGCACGGCCUCCGAGCCGCUGCGCCCCAACCUGGACGGUAGCCACCAUCUGCAGGAGUACACGUACAAGAAGAUAACGGCCUGCGAUGCCUGCUCGCAGAUACUGAGAGGACACACGCGGCAAGGUCUACGCUGCCGCAUCUGCAAGCUGAAUGCCCACGGAGACUGUGCCCCGAAUCUGCCGCGCUGCCAGCCCAAGCAGAAGCUCCUGCGGCGCCAGAAGAGCACCUCCGAGCUGGAGAAUCGUGUUGAUGUUGAGGAGGAAACAGGCGCCGACAAGUCCGUCCAGGCCAAGGUUCUGGAUGGCAGCUUCGUGGGAGGCUCGAUCCCCGGACCCGCGUUCACCGAGCGGGAGAUGGUGCCGGGGCUACGGCCUGCGGAUAUACCUAUUGUCAGUGUCUCCGAGCUGGCCUUGCAGGAGCAGGAACAGCAGCAGCAACAGCAGCAACAGCAGCAACAGCAGCAGCAGCAGCAACAGCAACAAGUACAACAGCAGCAGCAGCAACAAAUGCAACAGCAGCAGCAGCUCCAACAGCAGCAAUAUCAGCAGCAGCAACGAAGUUUGGCAUCGGUGGCGCAGGCGGCAGCGGUGCGGGCCGGACGGGGCGUGCGUCCGCCGCCCGUGGCCAUGCCCAUUCUGGGCGUGCAACUGCAGCAACAGGAGCUGCAGCAGCAACGUGGCGGCCUGCCAGUGCCCACCCAAGAUAUAUCGAGUAGUUCAGCACCGCACUCACCGCGCCGGCAAAAGUUGAACUUACGCAUGAAAUCCCUGAGCCUGGACUCCCCCGAGUCGUCGGAGCUGCACGGCCAAUUCCGGCGGCGUCCGCAGCUGCCGGUGGCGGGCGCCUCCACAUCAGCGGCCCCCGGCUACUAUCACGGCGGAUCGGGAGGCCACCUGGAGCACAGCACUCCUCCAUCGAACAACAGCCGUCUGCACUCGCCAUCGAGUCCCUCGCAUACGGGCCGCAAGCUGUUGUAUGCCACACGUGGCAUGCGUGGUGGCAGCGUCGAUUUACCGGAUGAAUUGGAGAAGUCACAGUCCUCGGCCAGCACUUCGCCAUGCCUCUCACCAAAAUCGCAUCGUCUGUUGCCCACCAACUUGUACGUCAUCCUCUACAACUUCAAGGCGCGGCAUCCCGAUGAACUCGACCUCAAGGCUGGCUAUAAGGUGACUGUCAUUGACACAUCCGAUCCGGACUGGUGGAAGGGCAAGGUCCUGGGACGCGUUGGCUUCUUUCCAUCCAAGUACUGUGUGCGUCUGAACGCCAGUGAGAAGCCCCUGCAGGUUACCCACAAUCUGCAAGUGUCCGAUGGGGAGCGCAGCGACAAGAUCACGCUUCUGAGAGACCAGAUUGUCAUACAGGUCGGCGAUGAGGUCAAUGGUAUGUGCAUGGUGCGCUCAGCCGACAACCGCCAGGGCUACUGUCCGGUCAAGUAUCUGCAGGAGGUGUGACAGCCAGAAGAGCCAGAAGAUGAGCCGCCUUCUGACGAGCGGAAUAGGCCGCAGAAGUCGGCGUUGCAAACGUCGUCGAGGACGACGGAUAAGACCAAGCGUAGGAUUAGAAUUGUAGUUAACGAUAAUAGCAGCUUAGCCGGAAGUAGUAUCGCACCUGCACCAUCACACACCACCUAUUCCAAUCACCAGAUCCCUAGAGAAGCGGAGGCCGAGACGAAGCGACUGAACAUCGAUUACGGCGACGAGAGCAGUGCCGACUGGGAGAAGGACAAGGACGUACUCAUUUUGUCCGGGCGCCGAAACAAAAACGACAAGAACUGGGAGAACUGGGAACGGAUCCGCGAGCAGAAGCUGGAGAGGAUGAAGAACAUCUGCUUCGAGAGCUACCGCCAAUCAAAGCGGGACAAGUUGCAACAGGCAAAGCCGCGACCAAAGCAGCUCGACUCCACCUGGUACACGGACAACAUCUACUCCAAUCGCUCGGACGACAUGGAUGAGGACUAUGUACCGGACUGUAUCAAGUACGGCGCUUACCGCCCGCUCCGCGACAUUAACGAGCUCGACGAAAAGUAUCCGGAGGAGGCAGGAGUCAACCGGGAGCGGCGCGGCGAGGGCGAGGGCUCCACGGGAUACGGCCUGAGUCGCUCCAAGAGCUGCAAGGAGUUCCAGUACCCCAAGUCGCAGAGCUGGUGCUUCGAGGGCAACGUUUUUGAGGGCGGCGGCGGUGUGGCCAGUGGCAGUGGGAGUGGGAGUGGCCCAGCUGCUCCGGCCACCACCUCCAUACUGAAAAAUCGGUCGGGAGUGCCCAAGUCCUACUCGUUCAGUGCCAGCACCAAGACAAUGCCCUUCGACAUCAUUGACUACGAGCUGCCACCCGCCUCGAACACGCGGCGAGAGAAGCGCGAGGCCUACAGGCGCAACAUGCACAUGCUGUACAGCAACAGCCUGGACGAGCGAACCCUGGCCCACCGGUGUUGCGCCCGGGACCAGUGCACCAGCGCCAGGUGCCUGCUGGACGACAUCUACCCGGGAUCAGGAGCGGCAGCCAGAUCGCGGGGUCGCGCCCCAUCCCAGCAGCUGCUGGCUGGCAGCAGCAGGAAUCUGAAUCUGAACGCAGCGGACUGGCUGUUCGAGGAGCGGGCAGAGGCCGAUCACCGGGCGGGGCGGGCUCCGAGGACGCUGGCCCCCACCGUGAUAUGUUGCUGUGCUGCGGACGAUUGCUGCUGCCACCGACAGCCACAGCCCCAUCUGGUGGUUCGACCGCGGUCCCGUGUUCACUGCCCCGGCCACCAUCCAGCGGCAGAGGAAGAGGAGCACAUGCACUGCCGUUACGACACCGAUCUGGAGCACUUCAUACGGGCGGAGCGCGAACGUCUGCUGCUGCAGGACAAGUUCCUGGACGAGGACGAACGGUACUUGGCCGCGGCACCUGCUCCCCGCAGCCCAGCGCGUCGGUACCCCAACUACCAGCGACCCACACGCAGCAAAUCCCUGCUGGAAAUGGAACCAUCAAAUCUGUUCGACGACGACACUUGCUCAGACACAACCGAAAUCGAUCUGGAGGACUUCAACAUCGAUCUGGAGAAGUACUGGGAGCAGCUGGACAAGCCCCCCAGUCCCAUCAACAUGGACAUGCGGCGCAACAUGCAGAGCAGCCUCAAGGUGAAGAACGUUAACGUGAGGUGCUACAACAACGGACAGCCCAUCGACCUUCACGACCGGGAGCACGAGCGCCUAAUGAUCAAGAAGUCCCUGCUCGAAGGCAUGCCCUCGCCGCCGCAGCUGGACUCCAGUGAGUCCUCGAACAAUGCUGGAUAUCCUUUUUUUGAGAAUGCCGACACCCCCUCCUUCCAUCACCUCUCUGGACCGGGUCGGGCGCCCGCCUAUGUGCCUGCGCCAGGCUACGGGCACAAAAUCUACCCGACCGCGGACGUCCUGCCCUCGUACCAGUACAACAACUUCUACCCCGAGCACAGUCACCCGACCGUGGGCAACGUGCUCACACAGCAGCCCACAGCCGGCAUCCACCAUGCCUCCGCCGGCGGGCACUCGGCCCUCAGUCUGAUCAACAACAUCUUCUCCAUCUACAAGCCGAACAAGUACUCGCCGGAGAACUGCCAGAUGAACUACGAGAGCAAGCCGGAGCCGUGCAAGAAGAUGAACGUGCCCAGCACCCGGCGACCCCUUGGAGCGGCCGCGCAUCCCCACCCGCAUCCCCACGAGUACAUGCACUCCUCGAUGAAGCGACCGCUGCUGGUGAGUGCCGACCAGCCCCACUUCAAGAUUAUCCCCGAGAAGACUGGCCUCAAGAUAUCCCCUCUGCUCAGCUACGAUGAGUACGGCGGAGGCGGAUGUGGAGGCGGAAGCAUCGACAAGUCGCAUCAUAGACUGAGCAGCACGGCACGGCCUCUGAUGCUUCCGCACUGAUGGUGCUGGACCUUUCCGUGGUAUGGUAAUGGCAACUAUUGUUAGUUAUGCUCCCAGCGACUGCCUGAACAACUCUCCAGAAAUCCAGAAGACUCGCGAACAGCGGCACGCAACCCAAACGCACACGUUCCUGAGUCCUGCCCCAACAGCAGCUCCAUCGACAUUCAAGCCGGUCGGGAGCUGGGGCUGGGUGUGGGGCUCGGGCUCUGGCACAUCUGUUGUGGCGCUGGCAGCUAUUCGAGUGCGCCACUUCCUCCUCAACCACCACUCGUCGUUGUCGUCCUCGUCCUCGUCCUCGUCGCCCUCGUUCAUUCGCACAAUUUGCUUUUGGUUCAGCAAUGGGAGCAGGGACAUUGUUUCAUUGAUUGAUUCAUCGUUGUCGCAGCAACUGACACUCCAGCAAAAGGAAAUCCAGGAACAACAACUACAGCCAUACCAUUGGAAAACAGCACAAAAAAAAAACUACAAGAACAUGACCAAGAACUUAGUCAAGAUUGUCGAAUCUAGAAGAUGGAAAUGCCAGUGUGUGAUUAGGUAUCGAAAGAUACAGACAGACCGAUAAAUCGAUAAGUCGACAGAUCGCUUAGUCGGUCAACGCUUACGGAUAAGCAAUGAAUGAAUCCUCUUCUCUCUUCAAACGGCCACUCACUCGAACAGAACAAACACACGUAUAUACACAUUACAUGUACAAUCAAUGUGCUUUUAAUACGAUGAACAUCGCUAGAGAAAUCGCAGCACAUACCCAGCAGUAUACCCAUAUAUAGGAAUGUAGUUCAAUAACAGCAAAAGACAGAUACACUAACUUUUCGAGCAACUUUUAAGCAAUCAGCAGCGUAUUUUCAAUAGAGAUACAAAAGAAUACAUACAUACAUAUUUAAGGCAGAUACACUUGCAUGUGUAUGUGCAUGUGCAUGUGUGCAUAGGCUAAGCAGUUAAUAUCGUGUUUCAUAUUCAAGUAUGAGAACCUAUUGUAUGCCCUACUCUGUAGCAGUUAAGCCGAUUUUAUUAGUACUGAAGCUUCGAAAGAACAUUUACCUAAUGAUCGCUCUCGAUAGGGAUACUUUUUGGCAUCGAUAUUGAGAUAGUUUUUGGAAUACGAUACGACGAAAAUACGAAAAUACGAAAAUAUGUAGAUGGAAGAUGAUGUGUACUAGGGAAAACCGUUUUUUUGUCACGAAAUUUUUUCUAUUUUUUAUACCAGACAACUUUGAAGCAACUAAACUGAGGGAGCUAAUAAAAUCGCUAGGAUUGUUAAGGAUACAAGCUUUUCGCUACGUUUGUAGAUUGCAUUGCAGCUACUAGAAGGGAUUAUACAAAGGACAUACAUUUGGCAAGUCUGUGGCUUGGACCCGACAAAAGCGCUUUUAUAAACUAACUAGAUUUGUAUAUUAAUGUGAAACAUUGAAUAUGAUAAAUAUGAAUUGUACUUUUAUGAUGUAUGCGUAUCCACUGGCCUUAUUUAUUCAGAAGUAAGCAAAUGAGCAACCAAUGAGCUGAACUCACACACAAACACUCGAUCGAAACGAGAACACACAUCUGCAUCUGUAUCUUCAUCUGCAUCUCCAUCUGUAUCUGCAGAUAAAGAUGCACACCCAAACACACACAAAUACAAUUACAAUUGAAAUUUUCAGCAAGUAAUACUCGUAAGGCUUCGCGUCGAUUUUGUUAAUUGUUUUUUGGCGUCCAAUUUUAAAUGAUAGACAACUAGUGUAGGGCUCAAGACGAACUAUACUAUCGAGUAUUUGUAGCAUGUAAGCAAACUAAACAGAAACCGAAAACAAAAACAAAACACAGAACCUUCAAAGAAUAUUACAUUUUUAGCGAAAGGAGAAUCCUUACGGGGAAGCAGACGAUUUUGAAUUUGAAUUUAUUUUUAAUGACUUUUGAAUACAAGCUAAACAUACCACAGGACGUUUUAUCAGAGAUCGGUUUUUAUCUAUGUAUCAAACGUGUUCUUGAACCACAUACAACAACUAGUUGCUAAGUGUACCCUAUGGCCUAUGACUUAGAUGUAAGAAGGAGUAUUUCCUAGCCACGGUUGCCACUAUUUCGCCUAAGCUGCCAAAAGGGGUCGGGUUUUUGAAUCCCUUUUGAAUCACUCUGGUCCUUUUCUUCUACUCGGUGCUCGUGGGGUAAAAGGCAUAUUUCAGUGAAUACUUGGAAGAGCAACAGCAACAGUAACCAGUCGAUUACCAUCGAUUUACUAAUCGUCUAUGUAUUUUAUGAUUGCCAAAAUGGCAUGCCACGACCAGAUCUCCUCGAUCUCCCCUGAGGAGUAAUGGAUUAUGGAAAAAGUGAAUAUGCAGGCCAAAAAGUAUUGCCCGAAUUUGAGAACCGCCUUUUUUGAAUCCGUGCAACGAACAAACGAUCCCUUUUGGCUAAACAAAUUUUUGUCAAGUGGCGACCGUGUUCCUAGCCCCACGCUUACACUGAAAAAGACACAGACACAGAUACAAACACUGAGACAGAUACAGAGACGACAGGAGAUGACAGGAGAACACGGGGAAUCUGCACAACUUAUACAGAUGUAAGAAAAUAUCCAUAAACUGCACCCAAUUAAUUAUACAAUAUACAUAUGUAUCGAGUAUCAAGUAUUUAUGAUCACGUCUAGCCACUAAGAAAGCAUUGUAAAAUGAAUGGAAUCGAUGAACACGAAAACGCCCAAAUCUUAUGAGUAUGUAAGUAGAACCGGAAACUAGAAUUCAGCCCGGAUAACCGCUGGCACUGCGACCCUGCGUGCUGCGAGCAUCAAAACUGCUGAAAUUGGCAAUUAAGUAUACAUAAACAUACACACAACACCAUACAUAGUACGAUUAUGUAUAGUACAUGAACGUAGUAGAACUUUCGAGUAAACCAAACCAAACUUGCAACCGUAGUGCGACUUUUUGCCAGUUUACGAGACCGGAGAGCCCAUCGAAGGGAUUGGUUUUAGUUUUUUUUUUGUCUUGUCUUGUCUCGGAAAAACUGCUUCACGUUUUUAGUGUGUAAAUUCGGUUUUAGAUACAUACAUAUAUGCGAUUAUACGAUUACCAGUACGAUUCAGUGUGUCGUAGGGAAGCGAGGCUUCGGUGUUCCUCCGUUUCAGAGGACUAGGGACUACGGAACCGAGCUUCCUGAGGCACGGCACAUUCAUAGACAUAGAAGAGAUUGGGUAGCUAGCGGAAAAUACAUACAUACAUACAAGCAAACAAUACGAGUAUCUAGAGAAAAAUAUCAGAGUGGUAAUAGAGUGGGUGGUAAUAAUCAGAGCAACGUAAGAAUAUCGGUAAAAAUAAUAGUUAAACGAAAACGAAAACGAAAGAUAAACUCAACUCAUUUAGCACUUGCAAUUAAAUGUGACAAAACACCCCUUCCCCAAUCUUUCCCCUGAGCUGCGACCUCCCUGAAAUGCAAAUAAAACAGAUGUUUAUUCGAUGUGAAAAAAAA